CCGUGUGAUUUUCCAGUGGGAACCUUCAUUCCAUAGCAUCUUUCCCCUACUCUUAGAACAGCUGACCAGUGUGCAAAAUGAUUAUCAUUUCAAAAUAAGUAGAAACUAAUAAAUGAGUAGUUUGACAUACCGAGGUGCGACCUCAGGGAGCAGCUUCUGUACCAUGGCCCUCCUGCUUCGGGGAGGACGAAUCCAGGCACUGAAGGCUGUCUUCCUGGAGGCAAGGGUGUUCUGAGAACUGCCGUCUACGGUGCCCCUCUCUACAGAGUCAGGGAAGAGUGAAGGGGGAAUACAACCAAAUCCCAAGAAUCCAAGUGCACUCACAGAGCCCACUCUGGCCCCUGAGUCGCCUAACACCACCAUCUACAAGAACCUACAGCAUCAUGACUACAACUCAGACACCUUCCUAGACCUGAACCUGGACCUCUCCAAGUUCAGAAUGCCUCAGCCCUCUUCACGACGAGAGUCACCUCGGCACUGAGCUCAGCUCAUGGGAGCCCCAUGCCAGUCCCAUGAAUUCUUGCCUGCGAGAAUAAAUAUCAGAGUCACAAAAAAAAAAAAAAA